ACCCACCUCCACACCCCACCUCUAACUCUAACUCCCACCCCUUUCUGCCAACAUGAUAAGUGCAAAGAGACGAGCCUUUCGAAUUCGUGGAUAAAAAACCAAAAGAGAGGCAACUUCACAAGACUCAGGAAAGUUUUGACAGAGACAGCAGCUGCUGCUGUGGAGUUUGGGUUUUUUUUGUUUUCUUUUGUCCCCGCCAUGAGCUAACAAAAAAAAAAAAAAAAAAAAAAAAAAGAAAGAAAGAAAGAAAAGAGCUAAGCAGAGGGCGCACGGUACGCUGCACAAUCCCAACAAGGACGCUGAAGAAACACUUCCCAGAGAAAGAGAGUGAGAGAGACUGAGAUAGAGGUCCAACCUCAUUCUCCUAGCUGAGGUCCUCGGAAGAUCGUGUCUAUCGUCUCGAAACUGCAGGACCAUGUCUAGUAAAGCAACUUUAGCACUGCUCAUCUAUGGAAUCAUAAUGCAUCACAGCAUCAACUGCUCGCCUGUAGGAAUAAGCUUUCCAAGUAUAAGACUUGACAAUGAGCUUUAUGAUGAGGGUGGCAACUCCUUGCCCUCCCUGGAUUAUGAUGGAGAUCAGUUGGAGGUGAGAAGCCCCUCUUCUGUCGCAGACGACGUCUUCACCAUGUUCUACCCGUCAGAGAAAAGAAUGGAAAGGCAUGCAGACGGCAUGUUUAAUAAAGCCUACAGGAAAGCGCUGGGUCAGUUAUCAGCAAGGAAAUACCUUCAUUCUCUGAUGGCAAAACGUGUAGGUGGGGGCAAAACGCUGGACGACAGCUCGGAGCCCCUCUCCAAGCGACACUCAGACGGGAUCUUCACAGACAGCUACAGCCGCUACAGGAAGCAAAUGGCUGUCAAGAAAUACCUGGCGGCGGUCCUGGGGAAAAGCCUUGAAGACAUAGGUAUUCAACAUAUCCUACAAGCGAUAGACUUUGACGCCCUCCCGGACGGGGAUGAGCUUGACGCUUUUUUGGGAGACUGGCUGAAACAGUUUUCUCCCGAAUUUGCGGUGAGUUUCCGGCUCUUUCCCGAAACUGGAACUUUUCAAGUCCCUCCUUCUUUUUUUUUCUUCUUUGUUCUAUUCCUUUUUUUUCUCACUUUGUGAGGUUGUUUUAGAGUCUCGAAUCAAACUCUCCUUUCACCUCAUCUGUGCUUUUGGCUCACGGACAACAGGAACGCAGGUUACUAAUGAAGACUGAGAAAAGGAAAUUGGCCAAUCUGACGUAACCUUUGAGGUUAAAGUGGCAGGUCAGACUUUUUAAAGAGCGGUUAUGUAAAGAUGCUAUCUACUUUACCAGUAGUGGAAAGAUGCUGCACAUUAGUGAGUUUGUAGGAAAGUGAAUAUACCCUCUGAGUAGUCGAGGGGCCUGGCCACAUUAAAACAGAUAUUUUUGCAAAAGAGAAACUGAUGCAUUUGCACAUCACGUCCACGAGCAUAGGAAGUUUUGCCAAAGGAAAAUAAAAAGUUAACUUUCAGAAAUAUUUUCUAAAAUUAAUACUUGAGAUGUUUAUGUGUGUGCGAGAUAUCUGAGUGCAGCAGACAUGAUAAUGUAGUUGCCCACGCUGAGCCUGGCCACCUUUGCUUCUGUACUAGAUACUACAACACAAAUGAGACAUGUUUGAAUGUCCUUUCACAUCUGCUUCACAUUCUCCUGACUUUGUUGUUAAUAAUUGAUAAUUGAGGGGGAAUUCUUGUUAAUGAAAACGUUGGCUGCGGCUGUUUUAGGAUAAAUCUGUUGCCCAACACAGCUUUAGCCAUGCUUAGGAUAUUUUCCUUCAACAAUAUGACGUAUUGUUGACCUUGUCGCCACCUGUUGGCACAGCAUAGGUUUUGCAAGGUUGCUAAUUGUGGAAUCCCAGAGACAGUGCAGAUGUGAAUGUGAUCAAAAACACAUGGGGAAAGUACCUGUAGUUGUAUAGCUUAAUUGAAGUUUACAGAGACCCAAGUAAAGAAAAUAGCCCAAGCUGAAGGCCCUAUACAUUUUUUUUUGUUGAGCUUUUUUAUACUUUGAAGACAUGCUGGGCUAAUGCAAGCGUGGCUUCUCUAUAUUUCACAUAAGACCACUUAGAAUUGUAUUAGUUGGGGUUUCAAGUGAGUUUGUGUGAAUACAACUUUGAGUAAGAGCAGUUCUCCCACAUUAUGAACCAAAUACUUUAUUGUGAACAUUGUAAAUAUUUAUGAGCAGUCAUUUAGCACAGCUGCGGCUGAGUUUUCUCUAAAACAGAAAAUGUGGACUGACUUGCUGUUCAGGCCUGGUCUAGUUUCAAAUCUUUGAGAAUGUUGAUAUGGUGCAUACUAGGUUUUAGUACAUUUACUCUUACACUUCCAACAAUCUGCUAAUUUGAAAAUACAGAAUCGCCAAUUUCAAUAGGAUUAGAUUCACUUGCCAACUAAGAUUUUAUCUAGUUAAAGUAUUUUAUCCAACUGACUAUCACACAGCCAGUGAAAAAUGGUCCCUUGUCCCUAAAAACGUGUCCUUCAGACACCAAAAGAACAUUAUGUUGUGUUCUCGUACUACAUGGAAAUUGUAUUAUUCGUAAUUUCUGGUUGUAAAUACAACACCACCCCCUAAAAUCAGAAUUCUUUAGUGUCCAAAGUGGCCUCUGUUCAUAUAGAACAUAGUAAAAGUUACAGGUAAAAACUACUUAUCAGCACUCAUGAGGUUUUGCAUGUUAUUAUUCCAGUGACACACAUAGUGCUCAUGAGAGCAGGCUCUUUUACUGUUCAAACAUAUGAAAUACAGAGAAAUCUCUUGCCCAAUAAAGCAAGUUUGACUAGAUGAGGACAUUUUAAAGUGACCUGGAGGAAAGAAGCUAAAAUAGGAGAAACAUAGGCUUCCCUACAUACUUUAUAGUUUGAUUCAUUGCAAUAUGAUACAUUAAAAUGAUGCAAAUAAAUGCAUUUUAAGAUUCACAUGUCACUAGGAAGCCUUUAAUUAUAAUUCUUAUGUGCCUUAGUGAAAGUGAAUAUUAUAAACCUUCAGUAUUACCCCAUCACUCUCCUACAUACCUGCCUUGAGGUCAAUUGCCAUAGGAAGAUACAGCAACAUCGCCUUCUUAUGAAUUUGACUUGUAUACAUAUUUAGAUCACUGGCUAAACGAGCUGCAAUGACUGGCUAAAAAUUCAACUGCCCUGCAGAUCUCAUGCAUCAUAUGUACCAUAAAUCCGUUUUACUGCUACUCAGAUAUCACUAAAAAGACCCAACGUUAACAACACUUAAUCUCCUAACAUCAUGCAAACGCUCUGUCUGCACUGAAUGCUCAUCACAGCAAAAGUACUUUCCCCUCAAACCUAUUCCACAUCCCUGAUCCCAAUGCACAUGCACCGUUCAUAUUGAGACAAUCAAAACUGACACGUAAAACCAAUUGGAAGAAAUACAUUUUGCACAACAAAUACGUAAAUGAGAAAGUGCAAACAAAUAAUCAAAUUAAAAUGACGCAAAAACUGAUCCCACUGUUAAAAUGAUAGUAAAGUAUCUCGGCUUUGGUGAGAAUAAAAAAAAUAUAUAUCACAAUAACUUUAUGCAUGGCAGCACAAUAAGAACCUUGCAGAUCUCAGUUUACAAAGGUGACUAAGUUAAGAUUUUUUUAUUGUUAUUUACUUUUGAAAAUUACGCCUUUAGUUUUCAUCUAAAAUAAUUUAUUUAAUCAAGCAUUAUUAUUGUGUUGUUUCCGAGAAUUGGUACACAUUAAUUAAUCCACUUUAUAUUAAACAUAAACGGUUAUUAUCAGUAAAUAUAGUGUUGAAUCACCAGGUGUGAACAUUUUGAGAGUGUUUUAAUUAGGCAAAAAUAACUAAAUCCCUGCCCCUUUGACAGUUUAUAUUAAUUUUCUACUGCUCUUUGGAUUUGUUCAGUUUUCUACAAAUUCAUUAAGAUAUGAUACCUUUCUGCCUCAGACAAAUAAACAUAUGACUAUUUAUAAGUUUAUAGUACCUUGCUGAAAUUAGUCCCGUUAGAUCCAGAUGAUUUCCAAAAGUAGAAAAUAUCAGAUUUGAGAGGAGGAACAGAGAAUUAUUUUAUUUUAUUUUUUUACUUUUUCCUCAUUUUUUCCUCCCACUUCAGCAAUGUUUACAAAGAGAUCCUCCACUUUUGACUCAUGUAAAGGGCCAAUGCUGUGUACCUACCAACUUCAAUCCAAUGUGUUUGGAGAUUUUCUCUUGUCUCUUUGUCCAUAUAAUAAGUAUCAAUGACAUUUCAAGCAUAAAAAGCAAACAACAAGCAGAAAAAUCCCAAAAAAGAAACGAUACUUGUUACAUGGUUUUCUCCAUCAGUUUGUUCUGUGUAAGGGACAUACAAAGUGGUUUGAACUCUGGAUCUAUUGUGCUUCCCUAUUUUCUGUCAUGUGAACCGCUGUACAAACUCCAAGCAGACUGCAUGAUUAAAGUAAUUGCACCAGCUCAUUGCAUCUGUGCAGACAACUAGAUGGUUUUGCUUGCUUUCUGACUUCUGCGUACAUACAUAUCUACCAUUGCUGGAUGUUUUGUGCUCCGUUCUUCUCACUUACUCUUCUACACAAGUAGUUUGUUGGACCUUGUUUUGAAUGUACUUUAUUGUUGCUCAAUCUGAUGCAAUCUACUAAAGCCUAUUUUUAUUUUUUUAAAGAUAAUUCCAAAUAAGCAUCUUAUGAUUUCUGCCUGCAAAGAGAGGCACAAAAGCUGCCUUAAGUGAUGACAUAUUAAGGACAGAAAGCACAUAAACUGAGGGGAAGCAGGCAAUAAAUCUGCUGAUUUUCAGGCAAAAGUAACCAAACCAUUAAUUUGAAAUAUACCCAAAAGUACAUUUAUUUCAGGAAUUCAAUACAAAAUGUCAGUUUCAAGUAUCAGAUAUUGCACAUUCAUUACACAUGGAGUGACAUAUUUCUUUUCAGUUUGAUGGAAAUCUAAUGGGAGAAAAAAAAAGCAUUUAGACUAAACUCAUUUAAAAAAAAGAUAGUUGUCCAGCAGAUAAUCAUUAGGGCAAGCCACAAAAACAUAUUUCUAAAGAAGCCUGCUAUUUAAAAAAGUUCUGCAGGCAAAUCUAAAACAAAGAAAGUUGAGUGGAAGAUAAAAGUACAUUAGAAAGAGGUGCACAGAGAUUAUGCUGCACAGAAUGGCUGUGUAUAAUAAUGGAUUCAUCUCAUCUGUAUCGUAGGUUCUGGUGUCCUUAUUCCUCCUAUUGACAGAGCUAGAUUCAGAAUUAGAUUGCUGCAGUUUUAAAGUGUGUCACAAUCAUCCCUCUACUACUUGUGCAUUUUUUUCUAGCACACUUUUUUCUUCCACUCAACUUUCCUUUAAUGUGAGAACAAGCAGCUUCACCAGUGGUUUGUCCUCCUCUUAGGUGUCAAUGAUUGCUUGUUGAACAACUGCCAGAUCACUGCUUUUCACUUUGAUUGUGUCUUCUAUAACCUUGCAUUUCUCUGUUAAAAGUUGAAUUUAAUGUUGACAUUUUUUGGAAAUACUGAGUUUUGGGAUUUUAUAUCAUGCAUGCUUAAAUCAAAAAUAUACAGAAACCUUUCAAGAUAUAUCACUCGGUGUGUAAUGAACCUGUAGAACAUAUGACAAAUUUUUUAAAUUGAAUUACUGAAAGAAAUCAUCUUAUUGACGACGUUUUAAUUCAUAAAUUUUAUGAGGAAUAAAAAGAGAACAGGAUUAAAGUUGUUCCAUCGUUCUGUUACUGUAUCAAUUUUUCUUUACUUCUGCGUUUUCCUCCAGGCUUUGUGACGCAGGGGAGCAGUUUGCAGCUGUGGUGCCUUGCAUCGACUGUAACAAAAAAAA